AGAGUCCGGGACGGGGCGGCGGCGGCGAAGCCGGGGUACGGCGACAGCUAGGCGGCGGGCCGUAGGUGGGGGCUAUGGGCAAGGACUAUUAUCAGACGCUGGGCCUGGCCCGCGGCGCUUCGGACGAGGAAAUCAAGCGGGCUUACCGCCGCCAGGCGCUGCGCUACCACCCAGACAAGAACAAGGAGCCCGGCGCCGAGGAGAAGUUCAAGGAGAUCGCCGAGGCCUACGACGUGCUCAGCGACCCGCGCAAGCGCGAGAUCUUCGACCGCUACGGGGAAGAAGGCCUUAAGGGUGGUGGCCCCAGUGGCGGCACCAGCGGUGGUGCGAACGGUACCUCUUUCAGCUACACGUUCCAUGGAGACCCCCACGCCAUGUUUGCUGAGUUCUUCGGUGGCCGGAACCCCUUUGACAACUUCUUCGGGCAGCGGAACGGGGAGGAGGGCAUGGACAUUGACGACCCGUUCUCCAGCCUGCCCAUGGGUAUGGGCGGCUUCACCAACCUGAACUUUGGCCGCUCCCGUCCCGCCCAGGAGCCCACCCGGAAGAAGCAAGAUCCCCCCGUCACACAUGACCUCAGGGUCUCGCUCGAAGAGAUCUACAGCGGCUGCACCAAGAAGAUGAAGAUCUCCCAUAAGCGGCUAAACCCCGACGGAAAGAGCGUCCGCAACGAAGACAAGAUCUUGACCAUCGAAGUAAAGCGGGGAUGGAAAGAAGGGACCAAAAUCACCUUCCCCAAGGAAGGUGACCAGACCUCCAACAACAUUCCAGCCGACAUCGUCUUUGUUUUAAAGGACAAGCCCCACAAUAUCUUUAAGAGAGACGGCUCUGACGUCAUUUACCCAGCCAGGGUCAGCCUUCGGGAGGCUCUGUGUGGCUGCACCGUGAACGUACCCACUCUGGACGGCAGGACCAUCCCCGUUGUGUUCAAGGAUGUCAUCAGGCCUGGCAUGCGGCGGAAAGUUCCUGGAGAAGGCCUCCCCCUCCCCAAAACACCCGAGAAACGCGGGGACCUCAUUAUCGAGUUCGAAGUGAUCUUCCCGGAAAGGAUUCCCCAGACGUCGAGAACCGUACUGGAGCAGGUUCUCCCCAUAUAGUCACCGGGGCGCUGAGGACUGACCAGGGACCUUUCCAGAGCUCAAGGAUUUCCAGACUGUUCCACCAGCUGUGGGCCCGUGAGAGGGCGGGAGGGCCCAGGGAGGGCUUUCGUACUGCUGAAUGUUUCCCAGAGAAUAUAUUACAAUCUUUCAAAGUCGUGCACUAGACUUCAGUGGUUUUUCCAGGGCUAGGGCGGCAGGGGGUGGGGACAGCAGGAAGAGGCAUUCCCGGCUGUCCCUCUGGGCCCUGCAGCCCUCCUGGGACGGGCCCACACCCUCCUCCAGGCCCUGCCUCUGGGCGAGAGGCAGACCUGCAGCGGCUGGACUCGAUCGGCCCGGAGCCCCUUUGCUUGCGGCCGUAAUGUGGUAUCGACCUUCCGCCGCGGUUCCCAGACCCUGCGCACUCCUCAGAUUUGUCGUGUGAUCGGUUCGUGUUUUACUCUGUAUUUGUCUCCCACGUCGUGCUGGGCCUCUGAAGAAUCCUGUUUUCUCUUUGGCCACAUCUCAAAUUGAGAACUGACCUAGACCAGUUUUGCGAAACUGCCGGGCCGCCAGCCGCAAGCAAUACCUCCUGCUCGGCAGGACCGAGGGCGCCGGCCUCGUGGGUGAGCUGCACAGACGCUUCUUCCUGGAGGGUCUGGGGCCCUGGACAGAGCCGGGGACCCUCUCGACCCCUGGCUCCGAGGCCAAGUGCACUCGCUUAAGGGUCACACUCUUGAUUUUUCCUUUGUUUCUGUAAGGCAAUCUUUGGCACACCUGGGGCUUACCAGUGACCCAGGUAAUUUUGUGUUUAACGGACUCUGGACUCUUUCAAAAGGAUCUGAUCCUUUUGAUUUUGCACAGCCCUAGCUAUAAUCCCUUUUGAUAAAAGGGUCUUUGCUUCUGAUUGCAGGAGCACCGUGGAACGUUUGUAAAUGUGUUUUUAUACUUCUGUGUAACGUCGGUGUGCACGCCCAGGAAACCGGGCCCCGGCAGCUGCCGCGCUCCGUUCGGGGCCGUGGCGGGCCAUGCCGAAAUCCCGAAGGGACCUGGGGUGUCGGGGAGGGCGGGGGUGGGGUGGGGAGGGAACGAAGUGUCUGUUCCCCGCAGGCCAGUCUGGUGCUCAGACCUUUAGACUCAUUGUAUGUUGCCACUGCCAACACGAGACCAAAGCGUGUGACUUGUCAAUGUGCCGCACGACAGCAUUAAAGACCGAUGCUAAACCUCA